AUGGCGUCCUGGCCUCUUGCCCCGAGCUUGGCAGACGAUCCCCGUCACGACGGAUGGCCAUGUGGUGGCGAGCACAAGGAGUCGGCCACUCGGGCCAAUCAACAUGGCCACUGGACGACCUGCGCACAAUGCGCUUUGCGCCUGAGCUACGUGACCAUCACGAACGGGAAGAAGCCGGGGGCGUACCGCCAAUCUGGUCCUCCUCGAGGACUUCUUCUUCAGGCAAUUGGCGAACUGCGGAUGACCCACGAUGCGAAGGACAUGACGGAGGACAUCUUCAACGGCAAGUGCAUGGAGAUCGUGGGACGCUCCCAACAGCCGGCCGGAAGCUACCGAAGGCAUCGCCGACGACAUCUCCGACAACCAUCCCUCAUGGCCCGGCGAAAUCCAAAGAUGAGCGGCAAGGAGAAGAAGAUCGCGGAGGACACCGCGACGGUGACGGACCAGACCUCGCACAAGCUCACGACCGGACUGGAAGAGAUCGAGCGACUCCAGAGCCGACUGGAGGCACAGAAGUCCGCCAUUGUGGAGGAGAUGGCCCUUCACUUCAAUGUGGACGGGGAUGCAGAGAUGCGCGAGUGUGGUUCAAGACGGACCAGGACGAAGAGGAGGAAGCGCCGUAAAUGGCCUGGAGUCUUUGCGCUCUAG